UGUUUUGCUCUGUGUUUGUUUUGCUCUGUGUUUGUUUUGCUCUGUGUUUGUUUUGCUCUGUGUUUGUUUUGGAUGCUUGCAGUUGUUUAGAGUUUCUUGGUCAUGGCGGCUCCCCCUGAAUCCUUAGAGGAUUAUUCGCUCUACAGUAACCUGAGUGACUACGAGCUGCUGCAGCUCGCCAUUGAGCGCAGUCUGACCGAUACGCGCUGCAACACCACCGCCGCUCCCACCGCCACCGCCGCCACUCCCGCCGUCGCUGCACCUCCCCAACCUGCAACCAGAAACACCAGCGCAUCGAACUACAGCUCCCACAAUCCACCUGCAGAAGCUCCUCCUGAUCCGAAGACGUUUGACGGGACGAUCAGUCGCUUCAUGACGGGUUCUGGGAAACGCAUGGUGGCGUAUCGCAGACCCGAUGGCGGUCUGGUCUACAUGGCUCCAGAACCUGAAGAGGAGGAGGAGCCUCUGUUCAGAGCCGUCCGUGUCGGUGAUGUGAGCGGAGUGAAAGCGUUGGCGAUGCGUUCAGGGACCAACCUGAUGCUGCCGAGUAAACCGGGCUGGCUCGCCAUUCACCAGGCGGCGUGGUACGGUCAGGACACCUGUCUGAGAGUCCUGCUGUCAGCUCAGCCAGGGAUGGUCAACAAGCGGACGGAGCGCGGUGAGACGGCGUUGCUGGUUGCCGUCAGUAAAGUUCAGCUGCGAUGCGUCGAGGUUCUGCUGGAGAACGGAGCGGACCCCGACACCCCCAACCACGACAGAGAGACGCCGCUAUACAAAGCCUGUGAGAGAAGCAGCGCUGCGAUCGUGGCGGCGUUGUUGAACCGCGGCGCGGCGGUCAACACUCACUGUAACCAGGGCUGGACGGCGCUGCAGGAGGCGGCGGGCCGGAACAACGUGGAGGUCUGUGAGAUGCUGCUGAAGGCCGGCGCCAAACACGACCUCGCCAACAUAUACGGCAUCUCGCCGCUGUUCACCGCGGCCCAGAGCGGGCAGCUCGCCACGCUGCGCUGUCUCCUCAAACACGGUGCAGACAUUAACACCCAGGCGUCUGAUGGAGCCACGGCUCUGUAUGAAGCAGCUAAAAACGGCCACGUGGAGGUGGUGGAGCUGCUGGCGGCUCAGAAGGCCGACGCCAACAAACCUGGAAAAAGAGGAUUGUUACCGCUCCACAUCGCCGCCCAGAGAGGAAGUGACACCAUCGUCUCCAUGUUGAUCCCGGUCACUAGUAAGGUCAGAGUGCGGCGAACCGGCAUCAGCCCGCUCCACCUGGCCGCCGAGCGUAACCGUGACGACAUCCUGGAGACUCUGAUCGCAGCGGGCUUCGACGUGAACGCUCAGCUGUCCGACGAGCAGUGCAAGCUGUACGAGGACCGCCGCAGCACGGCGCUCUACUUCUCCGUCAUCAACAACAACGUGGAGGCGGUGCGCAUGCUGCUGGCGGCCGGCGCCGACCCCAACCUGGACGUGUUCCGGCCGCUGAUGGUGGCGGUGAGGCUGGGCUGCGUCCAGACCGUCACCCUGCUGGUGGAGCACGGAGCGGACAUUAACGCCGCCAUCCCGACUCACCCCACCACCUUCCCCGCCGUCUACAUGUUCUCCAUGAAGUACCUGUCCCUGUUCAAGUACCUGCUGGACCACGGAGGCCACGCCCACUCCUGCUUCACCUGCACCUACGGUUCCCGACCUCAUCCACCAAUCAAAACCAGGCGCUCAGACCGGGAGCUCGAUGAUAGAGUCCCCCAUCAGACAGGAGGCGUCCAGUUCUGUGAGAUGAUCUCAGCUCCCAGUAUCUGUCGGUGGGCGGGGCCUAUCAUUGACGUCCUGUUGGACUACGUUGGUCAUGUGACUCUCUGCUCCAGACUGAUGGAACACCUGGACAGUUUCCCCGACUGGAGCGUCAUCAAGGACAAAGCAGCCCCUCCGCGGCCGUUGCUGCAGCUCUGCAGGUUGCAGGUUGUGCAGCUGGUUGGCCGUCGACGUGUGAAGAAGUUGCCGCUGCCUGGAGGUCUGAUCCGCUUCCUGCUGCACCAGGAGAUGUCUGAGGACGACUGGUGAAAGAAAACCUUUCUAAACUUCAUCCAGCUUGUUUUUGAUCUUUCAGCCAGAAGACUCUGUUGCCUUGCUUGUUAUGAUUAAAACGUGAUUAUUACACGUCUCACACUGCAAAAAGUCAGCUCGUAAAAACAAGAAACAAACGUAUAAAAAUGAGGUAUAUUUUGCUUAAAAAUAGCAAAAUUAUCUGCCAAUGGAGCAAGAAAAUGUGUCUUGUCAAGACUUUCCAAAACCAGUAAAAAUAUCUAAUCUCAAUGAACAACAAAUAUCUUAGAAUUAGUGUAUUCUGACUAAUAACGAGUGCAUUUUUCUUGAUUCUAAUGAAUUACACGUGACCUAAAAUAUGCUUGAGUUAAUAAUAUGCAUAGGCAUUAUAUUUCAAGAAACCAGCAAAGUCAAACUAAAAACUAGUGAACUUUUACUGAUACAGCUACAAAGAUUUUUAUCUGUAUGUACAAUAUUUUUUUUCAAAUUCUUAAAAUAGGGCAAAAGCCGUGGAAUCUUUCUAUCAAACAAGUAAAAACAGUCUAAAAAAAUAAAAAACUGCUGACUAAGAACUAUCUUAUCAGACAAAAAUAAUCAGAUAUCCCCUUGAUCUGAGAUAUUUAAUCUGACUUAGAUUUCAGUUUUUGCAGGUACGGAAUAAAUGGCUUUUAUUUUCCUGGAUGUUCCGGAGUUUCAUGUUUUUUUCUGCUGUGGAUGUAAAUUAAAUGUUUAAAUGUGUUUCAGGAAACUUCACACAGUAGUUUUCACAUUUUUGUA